AUGGAUCAUGGUCAUGACAUGCAAAUGCCAAUGUCACCCGAUUCCAUGUACAACAACAAUUCGUCGAGUAUGAUGAAAGACAUGGUUAUGCACAUGAGCUUCUUUUGGGGCAAAGACGUGACGGUUUUAUUCCCGGGGUGGCCUGGUCACAGGCUUGGCAUAUAUAUUUUGGCUCUGAUCUUUGUGUUCUUUCUUGCUUUUGCAGUUGAGGUUUUGUCCUACUCUCCAUCGCCGGCGAAGGCAGGGGCGAGCCCUGUUGUCGCGAGCUUAGUUUUCGCCGUUAUUUAUGCAUUCCGUAUGGCUUUGGCCUACAUGGUCAUGCUUGCUGUCAUGUCCUUCAACCUUGGAGUCUUCAUUGUAGCUGUCGCUGGUCAUGCCGCCGGGUAUUUCCUGGUCAAGUUGCGAAAGAAUGGCUCAUCAGAUCAGGAUCCCAAACCUUGA